UGGAGACCGGAUACAUACUUCCUAAAUGGGAAGGAUUCCUACCUACACAAGAUAGCUGUACCUAAUAGGUUUAUCCGUAUAGGUCCAACAGGACGGAUAUCCUACUCACAGAGAUUAACCGUCACAGCCAGAUGUAACAUGGACCUAAGAAAAUUCCCCCUCGACUCCCAACGUUGUCCUCUAGAAAUUGGAAGCUUUGGGUUUGAUACUACAGAGAUGACUUACAGUUGGUCAGCUAAACCUAUGAGUAUGGAUGAUGAUCUUGAGUUGGCUCAGUAUAAGCUGGUCAACUUUACCUACGGGUCACGUGAUGCAAUCAUUCAAACUGGACAGAGAUCUGUCAUAUACCUUGUAUUCUUUUUUGAAAGAGCUGUUGGGUUCUACAUUCUCCAGGUUUAUGUUCCAUUGACUAUUAUUGUGAUGAGUUCCUGGGUAACAUUCUGGUUGGUGAAGACGGAGAAGGGUCAGGAGACACCAGCUAGAACUCAGCUCGGAGCAACAACCGUCCUAGCGGUGGUUACCAUUGGGUUCGGGGGUAAAGCUAAACCUCAGGUGGGGUAUGCUACAGCUCUAGAUGUAUUUAUCAUCAUCUGCUUUAUCUCAGUGUUUACUGCUCUCAUAGAGUUCGCAUUCAUUAAUUUCCUCGACCUCUUUAUCAGGAGGUUAAAGCACCGAGAUCUAACACGAGUUCUAACAUUGAAUGACAUGACUCGAAGUAUGACUGCCCCUCUUGUUCAUAUUCAGCACCUGGAGAACAAGGUUAAACCGUCCUCUGUUCUCCCCAAGACUGGAGAUGAGGGUGAUCUAACUAGGAAGUUUAGUGUACCUGGAGUUAAAACUGCAGUUAGGUCACUUUCCGAGAUAGAAACUAGUUCAGGGAAUGCUGACGAUAUACCUAAUAUAUUACAGGUUCUAGAAGUAAUUGAACCCCCCUCAGACUCCAGAACAAAUGGAACCUUGAGUUGGAUGGAUAGACUAUGGGGUAUUCUGUUUGACCGAUUGAUUGGAAUAAACUGGUUGGGGAAAAUUAGAAAAACUCAACUCUACCAUGAUACCCCUAGAAUCAUAAACAGAAUGGAUGCUGUCUGCAGAAAAGUGUUUCCGAUGUUGUUUACAUUACUCAACAUAUUCUACUGGACAACAUAUUUAUAUGUUUGGUAGAUAACAGUUUUCUAUGUUGUUUACUUUACUCAACAUAUUCUACUGGACAACAUAUUUA